AUGACGAUGACGAUAUUCCAGGCACUUGCAUGGGUGGUUAGCAGCUCACUAGCUGGAUCGUCACAGCUCUGGAUCGUUUCAGAUGGUGGUCCGAAGUGGAGGGUAGCUAGCCUUCCUGCUCCCCCCAUCGACCCAUUUUCUCCUCCUUUCCCCCCAUCCGUUCCCGCCGAGAACUUCUCCGCUGACCAGCCCGUCCAGGUUCGCUAUCGCUCGGACCAGGAGAGCUUAAGCCUUAAGCCUUGGGAGUCCGUCGGUCCCUCCACGCAGAAGUGUCUCGUUCUCGUUCUCCCUCCGUCCGCGCCUCACUUUAGCAGCGUUUCGCAAGCGCCCAACUCGUCAAGCUCUCUUCUACCUGCAGAGGACUACCAAAAGGGCCGGAAACCAGCAAAAUAG